AUGGUUGGCAUACCGAAAAGCAACAGGUGCGACUUUUGCAGACGGAGGAAGACUAAGUGCGACGAGAACUGGCCGAUCUGUGGAACCUGUAGCAAAGCAGGCAAGAAAUGUUCGGGUCCUUCUAAGCAUGUCAAGUUUGUGUACAACGGGAAGCACACUCGACGAAGUACCCAAUGGGGAGACAUAUCCCAAGAGGAAACCGACGCAUAUUCAACAGAUGAACUAUCAGUACCAGCGUUAAGUACUACUGCGAAGACAAGCUUGUUGAAUCUUAGAAACAAAACUAUGGCAAGCGGCGCAAUAUUUUCAAAACUAAGGAUAUAUACUCGAAAGCCACAAAUACCAAAGAAACUUCCAGGGACCCGAUUCGAUUUAUUGGGAGGUAAGGUAGUGAUGUAUUUAAAAUCUAGCGAGGGGACGGGGUAUAGCCUCAGCACGUGGCUCAGUACGUUGGGAUACGUACCGCCCCUACUCGAGGGAAACGAGGCCUUGUUCGACGCAACUAACCUGCUGCUAUCCACAUGGAUAAAACUUUGCCAAGGGGCAGAUAGAAAUGAAUUGUUUGAUCUGUCGUCUUACAAUCGUGCCCUUCAAAGCCUGCAGAAGGUUCUCAACGAUACCCAUGAACAGACGUCGAAUGCCACACUAGCUGCGACGAUUUAUCUCCAGACCACCGAAUACAUAUUUGAUUAUGCAGGAAGUGUUAAUCAAAUAUCCCACUCCAACGGUAUCUACUCUAUCCUAAUGCAAAGGGGCCCACCGAAACACGGAGACCACCUUGGAGCCCAGCUCAUGCUUGAUGCCUUUGCCUACAUGUUCAGUCUGGUAAUAGCGGGUAAAAUCGAAAACUUCUACGCGUAUCCUGCAUGGGCGCAGGUCAUUAUGAACUUCUUUGAUCAGUGGAAGACCCGAACGCCAUGGGUUGUUGAAGUAGCCAAAUUGCUCAUCCAAGCAAUGAACCUUGCGGAUACCAUCAACCGAUUUACUAAGAUCUGGGACGCACCAUCAUACCUACGAGACGAACAGGAAAUUGAGGAUCUUUCUGCAGUCGUCGACGAUCUCAGUACGCACUUUAGGGGGUUCGAUGAGUCUACCAUAGAGCCCCUUCUUCAGCGCAAUCUGAUUUACGAGGUCUCAGAUACGGAGUCGCCCUUGGGAACGAGAUACGAAUUUCCCAACGGGACGACGGCUCUACACUUCGCUAACGUGAACUCAUUUAAUAUCGUGAUCAACCGGAUGCGACAGGAGUUAAAUAAGAUGCGGGGCUUCGACGACUCGACAAUAGAAGCGGAAUGCUUCGAAUGGAGUAGCAGGAUCUGGCGAACUUGCCAAUACGGCCUUUCCUUGAGACCGCUCUGCGCUGUGACGUUUAACGACCCAGUCCGCGUGUCGUAUCUGGCCGGGGGAGAGGCGGAGCGCGAAUAUCUCCUUAAGUUUCUGAGGGAAGCGAACAAGUUCCGAAAACAACCUACAAAUGAGUGGGUGGAGGAAUCCAUUGGUUCACAUGCAUGGCUAUUAAUGGGGCAAUAG